AUGUGAUGAGAGGCGUGUUGGAAAAGCAUGGAGGAAGAAACUGAGACCUUCCAGCAUCUUUUUCUACAGCUUACAACGUUCCUUGGGGACUACAGGUGGCUACUGGAUGCCUAUGUGUGUGAGUUCUUCACCGAGAAGCACUGGGACAAGAUUCCGGCGUCUUGGCGGAAUGUUUUACAUGGCAUUGCUCCACAAGAAAUUGCAGAUGACUUACUGUGCUCACCUGGUAGAUGUACAAGAACUACAGUGUGGCCGUUGUCCCUGCUGGCAUUCAGAGCGACAGCACACUCCCUCGCACUGCCCAGACAAGCCUGCACCCUCAGUACACUGGUGGGACAGCUGGGGGCAGAUGGUUUGAGCCUUGCAGAAGACAUUCGCGAUGGACAGCUGCGUAGCCCGGAACUGCAGCACUGCUUCCGCAGGCACGUCAAGCCCAAGAAGCAACACGAAAUCCUCCGACUGGCCACAACCGUCAAGUGGCUGUGUGACCAGAUGGGAUGUUCUAAUGUGGUGGAUGUUGGAUCAGGACAGGGACAUUUGUCCCGAGUGUUGUCCUUCGCACACAGGCUGAACGUUACAAGUGUUGAGGCCAAGGGAUGUCAUGUCACCGGAGCUGCCAGGUUCGACAAACAAGUGGUGACUGACAUUACUAAGGAGAAGAUUAGGAAACAGGAGGAGCACGAUAUUGAUGAUGUUUUGCAUGCUCAGCCUAGUCAUGUGACUUGCUUCCUCAAACCAGACAUCUCUGUUGAUGACUUUCUUUCUGUAAUUAACCAACAUAAUCAAGUAAUUAGACAUGACGAAUGUGAAUCAGAACGAUCACCAGUCACUGUUUCUGAUCAAACCAGUCCUUGCAACGUAGACAUGGAACUUCCAAAUACGAAGAAAAUUCGAACAUCAGAUUACUCUGCCAGUGAAAGUGAUUCUGGGGAGAAGAAAUGUUGUAACGCUGAUCUGACAAAAACAGAAGAAGUUGUUGAUGAGGGUGACACUUCUGUCAAGAGAAAGCCCUUCACCAUGGUUGGAUUGCAUACAUGUGGGGACCUGGCACCCACCAUGUUAAAAGUCUUCACACGAUGUAGUGACAUCCGUGCAUUGGCUUCUGUAGGAUGUUGUUACAUGAAAAUGACAUGUGCAAAUGAAAGCACAGCCAGAAGAGAUGGGCCAGUAGACAUUCCACCCCAGCCUGUCUACUCUGAUUAUGGCUUCCCCAUGAGCCAGAUGGCAAAAAGGCUGAAUGCUGAGCUGAGUUACCAGUCCCGAGAACUGGCCUGCCAUGCUAUAGACAUGUACACAGAGAGGUUGAGGAGUGACGACAGUGAGGUUAUGAUGCCACACUGCUUCAGAGCUACACUGGAACACUUUAUUGUCAAGCACGACAGUACCAAGAGGAGAGCCGGGAUAAGGAGCAUCCGUAAAACACACAAGAUGGACUUCCAAACGUAUGCAGAGAAAGCCCUGGCCAGGUUGAUAUAUCCCACUGACACGCGUGUGCCAGUUGACUCGGCGGAGGCUGCUGAGAUGCUGGCCUGUUGGAGGGAAGUUGUGGUGUUCCACUGUCUGCGCCUGGUGCUGGCUCCUGUGGUGGAAACACUGCUCCUACUGGACAGGAUGCAGUACCUCCGAGAGCAUGGCACCAACUGUCAACUGGUACCCUUGUUCAAUCCUAGACUGUCCCCUAGAAACUUUGUCUUACUGGCAACUAAACAUUGAUUGUAGUCUUAAUAUUAACUUUGUCCACA